CGAGGAGCGCAGCGGGUGGCGACCCCUGCGUCCGCGGCUGAGGUCCGGGAGAGAAGGUUAGUCCAGAUGCAGAAGAAAGGCCUGUGGGAGACGCCUUCCUGGGUCAGUUAGGAAGUCCAGAACACCUCAAGAUUUAGAAAUCCAUGACUUCCGGGGAUCCAGCUCUCGGGGUACCUACUGUUCUAGAAUAGCUGUGGAGAAGAAACAAUGGAUUCCCUGGAUCACAUGCUGACAGAUCCCCUGGAACUUGGUCCAUGUGGAGAUGGUCAUGGUUCAGGAAUUAUGGAGGACUGCCUCUUGGGAGGCACCAGAGUUAGUUUGCCUGAGGACCUUCUGGAGGAUCCUGAAAUAUUCUUUGAUGUCGUCAGCCUUUCCACGUGGCAGGAAGUACUAAGUGACUCUCAGCGUGAACACCUCCAGCAGUUUCUGCCUCAGUUUCCUACAGACAAUGUGGAGCAACAGAAUGAGCUCGUCCUUGCACUGUUCAGUGGGGAGAACUUCCGCUUUGGAAACCCUCUGCAAAUGGCCCAGAAGCUUUUCCGAGAUGGACACUUUAACCCUGAGGUGGUCAAGUACCGGCAACUAUGCUUCAAGUCUCAGUACAAACGAUACCUCAGCUCCCAACAGCAAUAUUUCCAUCGGCUGCUAAAACAGAUUCUUGCUUCUAGGAGCGAUCUACUGGAGAUGGCACGCAGGAGUGGCCCUGCCCUUCCCUUGCGGCACAAGCGCCCUUCACCAUCCCGCAGCCCUGAGGAGCGGGAGUGGCGAACCCAGCAGCGCUAUUUGAAGGUCUUGCGGGAAGUGAAGGAGGAGUGUGGCGACACAGCCCUGUCCUCUGAUGAAGAGGCCACGUUGGAUUUACAAGAAAAAUUUUCUUUUGAAGAUCUCAGCUCAUGGCUUCCAAGCUCUCCAGCACGUUCUCCUAGUCCAGCGGUGCCACUGAGGGUGGUGCCCACACUUUCCACCAUGGAUAUGAAAACUGCAGAUAAAAUAGAACUGGGGGACAGUGACCUGAAGAUCAUGUUAAAGAAGCACCAUGAGAAACGGAAACAUCAACCAGAUCACCCAGACCUUCUGACAGAAGACUUGACCCUCAAUGAUAUCAUGACUCGAGUAAAUGCCGGCAGGAAGGGCUCUCUAUCAGCGUUAUAUGACUUGGCUGUGCUUAAAAGGAAGGUGAAGGAAAAAGAGGAAAAGAAGAAGAAGAAAAUUAAGCUGAUCAAAUCUGAGGCUGAAGAUCUGGUUGAGCCUUUAAACAAUUCUGAAGGGGUCCCACCUCUGUCACAGGUUCCCUCUCCACUGGCAGUAUCUGCUAUCAAGGAAGAGCCCUUAGAAGACCUGAAGCCUUGCCUUGGAAUUAAUGAGAUAUCUUCCAGUUUUUUCUCUCUUCUAUUAGAGAUCUUGCUGCUGGAGAAUCAGGCUAGCCUUCCUAUGCUGGAGGAGCGUGUUUUGGACUGGCAAUCCUCUCCAGCCAGCUCUCUCAAUAGCUGGUUCUCUGCUGCCCCCAACUGGGCUGAGUUGGUGUUGCCUGCCCUGCAGUAUCUUGCUGGAGAAAGCCGAGUGGUUCCUUCCAGUUUCUCGCCAUUUGUUGAAUUCAAAGAGAAAACCCAGCAGUGGAAGUUGCUUGGUCAAUCCCAAGAUAAUGAAAAGGAAUUAGCUGCCCUCUUCCAUCUGUGGCUAGAGACCAAAGACCAGGCCUUCUGUAAGCAAGAAAAUGAGGACAGCUCAGAUGCCACGACACCUGUCCCUCGGGUAAGAACUGACUACGUGGUGCGGCCCAGCACGGGGGAGGAGAAGCGGGUAUUUCAAGAGCAGGAACGUUACAGGUAUAGCCAACCCCAUAAGGCAUUCACCUUUCGCAUGCAUGGCUUUGAGUCUGUGGUGGGACCAGUGAAGGGCGUGUUUGACAAGGAGACCUCCCUCAACAAAGCUCGAGAACACUCACUGCUGCGUUCUGAUCGGCCUGCUUAUGUCACCAUCUUGUCCCUUGUUCGGGAUGCUGCCGCUCGAUUGCCUAAUGGAGAAGGCACCCGGGCAGAGAUCUGUGAACUGCUCAAGGACUCUCAGUUUCUUGCACCAGAUGUCACCAGCACUCAGGUAAACACGGUAGUGAGUGGUGCACUAGACAGACUACAUUAUGAAAAAGACCCUUGUGUGAAAUAUGACAUUGGACGGAAACUGUGGAUCUACCUGCAUCGGGACCGGAGUGAGGAGGAGUUUGAGCGGAUUCAUCAAGCUCAAGCAGCAGCAGCUAAAGCCAGAAAAGCCCUUCAACAAAAACCGAAGCUCCCACCCAAGGUGAAGUCCAUUAAUAAGGAAAGCUCCAUGAAGGGCCUUAGUAGUGGGCCUUCUGAGCAGAACCAGAUGAGCCUCAGUGACUCCAGCAUGCCACCCACCCCAGUCACACCUGUAACUCCUACCACACCAGCAUUGCCUACUACCCCUAUCUCUCCUCCACCUAUGUCGUUGGUGAACAAAAGUAGCUCUACCACUGUCUCAGAACCAGCUAAAUCUAGUUCAGGUGUUCUUCUGGUAUCUUCACCAACAAUGCCACAGCUAGGAACAAUGCUUUCCCCAGCCUCUAGCCAGACUCCACCUAGCUCUCAGGCCACUGCCCGCGUCGUGAGCCAUUCUAGCUCAGCUGGACUGCCUCAGGUUCGGGUGGUGGCCCAGCCUAGCCUUCCUGCUGUUCCCCAGCAGUCACCAGGGCCAACACAGACACUGCCAUCAAUGCCAGCAGGACCACAGAUCCGGGUGCCAGCCACUGCUACACAGACCAAAGUAAUGCCCCAGGCAGUCAUGGCCACUGUUCCAGUCAAGGGGCACACUGCAGCAGCCACUGUGCAACGGCCUGGUCCUGGGCAGACAGGGCUUACUGUGACGAGUCUCCCUGCUGCAGUCAGCCCAGUGAGCAAGCCAGCCUCAAGUUCUCCUGGGAGCUCUGCCCCAAGUGCCUCCACAACAGCUGUCAUUCAGAAUGUCACAGGACAGAACAUCAUUAAGCAGGUGGCCAUCACUGGGCAGCUUGGUGUGAAGCCUCAGACAGGCAACAGCAUUCCACUUACAACUACUAACUUCCGUAUCCAGAGUAAGGAUGUAUUGCGUCUGCCACCCUCUUCCAUCACCACAGAUGCCAAGGGCCAGACAGUUUUGCGAAUCACGCCUGACAUGAUGGCCACGUUGGCCAAGUCUCAGGUUACCACAGUCAAAUUGACCCAGGACCUCUUUGGGACAGGAAGUGGCACUGCAGGCAAAGGCAUCUCUGCUACCUUACACGUCACUUCCAACCCCGUCCACACAGCUGACAGUCCUGCCAAGGCCUCUUCAGCCAGUGUUCCUUCAUCCUCUCCAGCAGGUACCACUGUGGUCAAAGUAACUCCUGACCUCAAGCCAACAGAAGCCUCAAAUUCAGCUUUUCGUCUGAUGCCAGCCCUUGGUGUGAGUGUGGCAGAUCAGAAGGGAAAGAACACAGUGGCCUCUUCAGAAGCGAAACCAGCUGCCACAAUCCGCAUUGUGCAGGGCCUGGGAGUGAUGCCUCCUAAAGCAGGCCAGACCAUCACUGUUGCAACACAUGCCAAGCAGGGGCCCUCAGUUGCUAGUGGGUCUGGAACUGUCCAUUCUUCAGCGGUAUCCUUGCCCAGUAUGAAUGCCACUGUGUCCAAGACUGUGGCUGUGGCUUCUGGAGCCACAAGCACCCCCAUCAGCAUUGGUACAGGAGCCCCCACUGUGCGGCAGGUCCCUGUCAGCACCACGGUCGUGUCCACAUCCCAAGCUGGGAAGCUGCCUACACGGAUCACAGUUCCACUCUCUGUUAUUAGCCAGCCAAUGAAGGGCAAGAGUGUGGUCACAGCCCCCAUCAUCAAAGGCAACCUUGGAGCCAACCUAAGUGGGCUGGGCCGCAACAUUAUCCUCACAACCAUGCCAGCAGGUACCAAACUCAUUGCUGGUAACAAGCCGGUUAGUUUCCUCACUGCCCAGCAGUUGCAGCAGCUUCAGCAACAGGGUCAGGCUACACAGGUGCGGAUCCAGACUGUCCCAGCAUCCCAUCUCCAACAGGGCACAGCUUCCAGCUCGUCCAAAGCUGUCUCCACUGUUGUUGUGACCACAGCUCCAUCUCCUAAACAGGCACCUGAGCAACAGUGACUGAGAGAGGUGGCUGUAUAAGAGACCGGGCUAACUGCAUUCUGGCUGACAGAGCAGUGAAGUCGCACCAUUUUCUCUGAGCUUUUCUGCUCAAGAUAGGCUGGUGGGGGCUGAUGGCAAUCAUGGCUGAGAUUCUCCGGUCACACUCCACAGUGAAGGCCUGAGAAGGUCAUCUCCAGGAUCCCCAGGACUGCUCUCUGCUAGUCCAGGAGGAGAGUCUGUUAGAGUUGUGAGAAGUCACAGAUAGUCAUACAAGCCAAAGUUUCCUCCUGAGAGGGGGAUGCCAGGAGAAGAGCCCUCUCCGUUGCAGAGGGGCCAGGCAGUGAAAAAGCCUCAUUCUGUGUGAGGAUUGGGCUUUUUUUUUUUUUUAGCUUCUGAUCUCUGUGACUUGUCUAGAUGUGAGUUUUGUGUCCAGAAGAUUUUGUGUAACUUAUUUUUUUAAAGAAUUUAUUGUACCUCUUUUAUGAGACAGAAACCUGGGCUUUAAUGCCCCUAAACUGAUUAUUUACUCUUUUGCCCAAAUUAGAGUAUCAAGACUUUUUAGCAAGUUGGUGGCUGACUUAAUGAAUUACAUAGUAAAUGAGAGGCGACAUAAUAGGGACAUGUAGACAGUGAGGUAGAAUGGAUCUUCUAAGGUGGACUGCCUUGGAACUACUUCCCAAGCAUGGGUAUUGGGAUCUGGAUUGUGUGUAUACUUUCACCUGCCAACAUUGUCCUCUACAAGCCUAUUCCUGUGGACGUCCAUAGUGGGCAGAGUGGGGGAUGGUUGCUGUGCAUCUUGCCGCAACUCAGACAUUGUUCAUCUGUUUUGCUGUAGAGCAGGACUGCAAACCAGGCCCUUGUCACUGACCACACAGAAAAGAGAGUAGGGAUGGGGGCCACAGUCAGGCACUGCCUGGAAGUGCUGAGGUAACUGGGUUCAGAGUUGUCUAUUCCUAGCUCUUUUACUCUUUUCAGCCACCACCCACCAUAGACAGCUCCGAAUGAUAUCUUUUUUUUAAGUCCUAAGUACUUAAAGCACUGGUCAUUACAAUGUAUGUCUCUUACUGUGGGACAGGGGAGGGUGGGAAAGCUUUUCUGUGGGGAUGAGGCUUCCCUAUCUCUUCUUAAAAG